GCUGUGUUUAACUGAUUCUAGACGACGAUUCCAACGAGACGAGAGUUAAAUUACCUUAAUAGGUAUGUACUUGUACGUACAUGAAGUGAAGCGACAGUGGCUCGUGACAAGAUAGAGUUAUGUACGUGCGCCUAGGCGAAGCACCCUGCCCUGCCCUGUUACUGUUACCAUACGCCAAGUUAAGUUAGUUGCGCGUGCGCUGGCGUUAGAGCGACCGUGUCGCUCCGCGGCGUGAACAACUCCCUGAUAAUGUAAGUGCUUGAUCAUAAAAUCGCUGAAUUGUCUAGACUCGACAGUACAUUGAUAACAUCAUGGAGUGCUACACAUCCGACAGUUGUGAUAGCGAUAGCAGAGAACAAAAAACACUCGAUCUGUCUUACAAGUUAUUGGACUCGAUCAACUUAUCAUUAGAACUACAAGGCAUUGUUGAUGAGAAGAAUUGCGCACAAAAUUAUGAAACUGUGCUGCUGUAUAAUAACCAAAUUAAGAUCCUCCCAGAAGCAAUCAACAGAUUCUGUAAUUUGAAGAUUUUGGAUAUCAGCAAUAACAGGUUAAGUGUACUCCCAGAUGUGCUGAAAAAUUGCCCCCUGACGUCUCUGAUAGCGAAACACAAUCAGUUGACGAAUGAAUCUUUGCCAAAAUGUUUUUACACGGGGAAAAGUACGUUGAAGGAACUAAAUUUGAGCGGAAACCAGCUGAACUUUUUUCCAGAACAAGUAUUAGAGUUAACUUCACUGAAGUAUCUUUAUCUCGGUGGAAACAACAUAGUCAAUAUACCAAAGGAUAUAUGGAAGUUAAAUAGUUUGCAGAUAUUAGCAGUAGGCGGCAACCAAAUUAUAGAAGUCCCCGAUUCUGUGGGGCGACUGACCGGCCUUCAGGCCUUGGUGCUAAGUGACAACCAGAUAGAGCAGUUACCUGCCAGUAUCGCCAACCUGAAGCAGUUGCGAUCGCUUCACAUUCACAAGAACAGGUUGAAAACUUUGCCUACGCAGAUCAUCAAGCUAACAUGCUUGACUGAGUUGAGCCUUCGAGACAAUCCGUUGGUGGUGAGGUUCGUGCGAGACAUGACUUUACAGCCGCCAUCAUUGCUCGAACUCGCAGGACGCACCAUCAAGCUACAUGAGAUCCCAAUUCAGCCCGGAGACAUACCGACUACCCUUAUGCACUAUCUCAGUGCGGCGCAAUGCUGUGUCAAUCCUAAGUGCAAAGGAGUGUUUUUCGACAAUCGGGUCGAGCACAUAAAAUUCGUGGACUUCUGCGGUAAAUACCGCAUUCCGUUGCUGCAGUUCUUAUGCAGUUCGCGUUGCAUCACCGGCAGCUGGGAGAGCCGCGAGAUGGACUUCAAUCCUCAUCCGCAUAUGAUGCGGAAGGUGCUCCUUGGUUAAGAGGGCGCUUUCUGCUCACUGGCGCCGCCAUGACAAAUUUUAUCAAUAUCUUCUAAAUAGUGAUAACUAAAAAAGUAUACCAUAGGGUAUAAUAAUAAAUCUAUAUCCUAUUCAUCUUGGACUGAGACAAAAGGUAAACAAACCUUGAACAAAAAAUCAUUAUUUCUCGUUAUUCCUUUGUUAAUUUUGUUCUUACUUUCUGUUAAUGUUAUUUUUGUUGUUGUUGUUUUAUGGAGUCAUGUCGCUUACUUAAAUGUUUGGCUUGUUAAUUUCUCCUUUAUUUUUUGUUUACCUUUUGUCUCAGUCCAAGAUGAAUAGGGUAUAAUAGGUACUAUUUUAUAGUUCUAGCAAAUAAAUUGAUAAAAAAUGCGAUAGUGUCGCUAAUGUGCGGGUUGGCGCAGUCUUAAGCCAACCGGUAGUGGCGUAGCUACCGUAGGGCUAAAAUAAAUGGUGCCGCGCACUGGGAUCCAAAAACUCAGCGGCCCUCCGCCUGUAACGACCUUUAUUUUCGUUGAACUUUCAUAAUUUGACAUUGUACAUCCUAAACAGCUGAGAUGGGACCCCAGAUAUUUUUUUCACCGGGGCCUGUGGUGAUUUAGCUUCGUCACUGCCAGCAGCAUUUUAUAUUUUACAUAGUGUACCUUCUCAGCGUACAUAAUAUUGUUUGGCGGAUUUACAUAAUGGUGUUUUAGCAAUUUAGGGACGACGAACUUUAGGAUGUUAAAAAACUUUAUAUUUAGUAAUCUUGAAAAAUAAAAAUACACAUAAAUGAGUUAAUCCGCCACAAUGGGUUACUUACAAUCGAGCGAUCUUCCAGUAACACAACGAACUAAAAUUGUAUACCUUUAUAAUUGUAUUGUAUAGCUAUUUCAUUUAUUUGCCAUAUUUGUAUAUUGUAGAAUAUUAUUUGUAUAUAAGAGGUCAUAGCUUUAAAAUUGUAUCUUGUAACUAUUUUUUAUAUGGUUAUUAUCAUAAAAAUAGGUUGAUUUUCAUUAAGUAAUACAUUGCUCAAAUUAAUCGAGAAAUGAAUAUUAAAAUCAAAUAUAAUAAAAUACUGAUAAGCGUCUGGCAAAAGGUAUUUUUAAAUUUUCAAGAAAUUAGACAAACCAUAAAUAUAAUAAUAAAUUUGAAAAAAGCUUGUGAAAGCCUCUUAUUUUACUAUAUAAAUUUCUCAUUUAUAUUGUGAUGUGUAGGUUUACUGUACUAAUAUGUCCCUAUAUGAUAAUUAAAUAAAUAUUACUUGUUAUACUAUGACGUAACUAUAAAACUGAACUUGUGAUAUAUUAUUGAUUCAAAUAUAUAAAUGAGAUAUUAUGAAAUUAAACCUUUAUUAUACAGUUAAA